AUGUCCACCUCCGACCUCACGCCAGUCUCCAAAGCCGAAUUCAGCGAGAUCCUCAAUAUCUGGGUGAAGCAGUACAACAUCAACCCGAGCGACCAACCCGACAUAACCCCAAUCAUCGACUCCAUCACGGCGGACUGCAUCGCACAACUCGGCCCCGAAGUCGGACCCAAAUACGCCGUGAACGGCGCCAUGCUGGCAGUCACCUUCUACAGCACGCACCCCACGAGCCUCCAGCGCAUCCUAGGCCUCUACACGGCCGGCUUCCUCAGUCUCGACGACCUGGCGCCCGACCUCCACUCCGACAUCGAGCUCUUCGGCAAGCGAAUCCAGACCGGACAGCCCCAACCCCGCGGCCCGCUGGAGAUCCUGCGCAAAUCGCUCGCCGAAAUGGAGCCCCACUACUCCGACUUCACGAUGGGGAUGAUCUACGCGACCACCUUCGAAGCCAUGCUCUCCAUGGUCAUGGAGUCGUCCGGCCGCGCCUUCUCCGCCGACCAGGUCUCCGCCAACUUCACGCAGUUCUUCCGCUGGCUGCUAGGGUUCGGCAAGCCGUAUGGCUACUUUCUGCUCGCGCCGGUGCUCUACGAUGCGCCGAUUCGGGAUGUCGAGGUCGUGUUGUUUGGGCUCAUGCCCGAUCUGUCUGAGAUGGGGGUCGUGUUGAAUGAUGAUUUGUCGUUCUAUAAGGAGUCUGUGGUGGGGGAUGAGCGCAGCAAUUAUAUCUAUAAGGAGGCGCGCAGUCGCGGCAUCUCGCUGUAUAGGGAGCUGGUCGAGACGACGCAGAGGAUGAUUGCCACGUAUGACGAUAUGCGUCGUAAGGUGGGGGAGAUUCCCCAGCUGCAGGUUGUGACGGAUGCCUGGAUGAAGGGCAUGGUGCAGUUUCAUUUCGCCGCUUCGAGGUAUCGCCUGCAUGAGGUGGAGAUUAGCUAG